UGACUAUUGUCUAGUAUAUAUGAUCCUCUCUGCGAAUUUCCCUCUUAUUUCAGAAAAAUGCCACUAUACACACACACAUACUCCAUAAUUUGGUUCUUUGUGAUUAUUUCUGCGUCGUGUAAUAGUGUUAGUCACCCUUCAGUGGGCGAAUCGUUUAGACAGUGUCUUAUUUCGCAACCCUCCGUUAGUUUGGGACAUUGUUUUGGUGUGGGGGCUAUUAGUAAAUUACGAAGUUUGGACAGUGACCAAGAAUUUGAUUUAAUUGACGGUGUUACUUUGAGCAGGAACCAGCAGGAAUACAGAGAAACGUACAGUUUUGCUGAUAAAGAUCCAGGAGAUUUUCGAACGUGGAUCGACUCUCUCAGCCAUGUAUUCUCUCACCGGAGUUUACAAUGGGAUAUGGGAUUUCUGUACCCUGGACUUUUUAUGCGCGUGGCGCCCUCUACCAAUCCUGGAGGCCAAUUAGAGUUUAUGCUAGAUCCACAACGCGAAAUCCUCAACAAACACUCGAUCAAAGAGUUCGGUACAGGUCGACUACUUGCGCGCCAGUUUCUUGUACCGUUUCUAUUAGGGUUCAAGUUCAAUGUUGCCACUCUUAUUCCGAUUAUAUUCGGAUUAUUGGCGCUACUGGCCAAAAAGGCAAUCAUUUUGAGUAAAAUUGCACUGGUCAUUAGCAGUGCCUAUGGCUUGGGAACUUUAUUGUUGGGAAGUAACGGCAACCGCGUGCCCAAUCAUUACCAAAUGGGCGGUUUUAACCCUGGAUUUGGCGGAGGUUCCCAAUAUCACCACCACAAUAGCUAUAAACAAGAAUAAGAUCACCUACAAGUACCUCUAUAACAAUUUCCCGAAGAUGAGUAUCCGGAGGUGUAUUACCGUGGGACCAUAGAAAAUAACAAUGUGGACCAAUUACGAGUUCAUGGGAAAAUCCAAAAACUUUAUACGGACGAGAAAACCACUCAAGGUCGAAAUUUCGCGUGGAGUGAAGACGAAAAAAUUCAAAAAUCCACUUAAAAAUCUCAAUUUUGUAUUUUUUUAAACAAAUAAAUAAUAAUAAAAUAA